UCCUGACGUACUGUUGGCGCUUGCUUGACUGGGGAAGCGCAGCCAGCGACUGGGAGAAGUCUUUGUAGCAGUAGCAGCUAUAGACGAGCUCUUUAUCUAAAGCUCACUCACUCCGUACAGAUAAAAGGGACCAUGAAGACAGACGUCUGGAGUUAUAGUUUUGCUGACAGCAUACAGCCCCACCGACAGCUUCCACACACGGACGACUGAAUGACGAACCAGGAUGGCCGGAGGAAGGAGAGGACUUGUAGCCCCUCAAAACACUUUUUUAGAAAAUAUUGUCAGACGAUCUAACGUAUGGACAUUAUCACAUAGACAGACAGAUACCAAUUUUGUUCUUGGGAAUGCUCAGAUCGUGGACUGGCCCAUCGUCUAUAGCAACGAUGGCUUCUGCAAGCUGUCGGGGUACCACAGGGCAGAAGUCAUGCAAAAGAGCAGCACAUGCAGCUUCAUGUACGGGGAGCUCACAGACAAAGAUACUAGCCAGAAAGUACGGCUAACGUUUGAAAACUACGAGAUGAAUUCGUUUGAAAUACUCAUGUAUAAAAAGAACAGAACGCCGGUAUGGUUCUUCGUGAAGAUAGCCCCUAUACGAAACGAACAGGAAAAAGUGGUGCUGUUUCUGUGCACCUUCAGUGACAUCACAGCCUUUAAACAGCCAAUAGAAGAUGAAACCUCGAAAGGUUGGGGGAAGUUCGCUCGGCUAACUCGUGCUCUGACCAGCAGUAGAGGAGUGUUACAGCAGCUACAGCCUACUGUACACAAGGGAGAGAACGUUCACAAGCACUCCCGCCUAGCUGAGAUAUACAAUCUGCAGGUCCUCCAGCUGGGCUCAGACAUCCUCCCCCAGUACAAGCAGGAGACUCCCAAGACGCCGCCCCACAUCAUCCUCCACUACUGCGCCUUCAAGACCACCUGGGACUGGGUCAUCCUCAUCCUGACUUUCUACACCGCCAUCAUGGUUCCUUACAACGUCUCCUUCAAGACCAAGCAGAACAAUGUGACGUGGUUGGUGGUGGACAGCAUUGUAGACGUUAUCUUCCUGGUGGACAUCGUGCUCAACUUCCACACUACCUUUGUGGGCCCGGCCGGAGAGGUCAUCUCUGACCCCAAGCUCAUCAGGAUGAACUACCUGAAGACCUGGUUCGUCAUCGACCUGCUCUCCUGCCUGCCUUACGACGUCAUCAACGCAUUUGAGAAUGUGGACGAGAACUGGAACCAUCGAGCUGUCACUCAAGGGAUCAGCAGUCUGUUCAGUUCUCUGAAGGUGGUCCGGCUGCUGCGUUUGGGCAGGGUAGCUCGUAAACUGGACCACUACAUUGAGUAUGGAGCCGCCGUCCUCGUCCUGUUGGUGUGUGUCUUUGGCCUGGCUGCCCACUGGCUGGCCUGCAUCUGGUACAGUAUUGGUGACUAUGAGGUGAUAGACGAGGAAACGGGCAUCCUGCGGACAGACAGCUGGCUGUACAUGCUGGGGGAGACGGUGGGCUCUCCAUACCGCUUCAACGCCAGCGGGACAGGGAAGUGGGAGGGUGGCCCCAACAAAGACUCGGUCUACAUCACAUCUCUAUACUUCACCAUGACCUCUCUGACCAGUAUAGGGUUUGGAAACAUCGCCCCCACCACCGAUGGAGAGAAGAUCUUCGCUGUCGCCAUGAUGAUGAUCGGAUCCCUUCUUUAUGCCACCAUCUUCGGUAACGUCACCACCAUCUUCCAGCAGAUGUACGCCAACACCAACCGCUACCACGAGAUGCUGAACAGCGUCCGUGACUUCCUCAAGCUCUACCAGGUGCCCAAGGGGCUGAGCGAGAGGGUAAUGGAUUACAUCGCCUCCACCUGGUCCAUGUCCCGGGGCAUAGAUACUGAAAAGGUAUCUCAAACUGUAUUGCAGAUAUGCCCUAAGGACAUGAGGGCAGAUAUCUGCGUCCACCUCAACAGGAAAGUCUUCAAAGAACACCCUGCAUUCAGGUUGGCCAGUGACGGGUGCCUGCGUGCCCUGGCCAUGGAGUUCCAGACUAUCCACUGUGCCCCUGGCGACCUCAUCUACCAUGCCGGGGAGAGUGUUGACAGCCUCUGUUUCGUGGUGUCAGGAUCCCUGGAGGUCAUCCAAGAUGAUGAGGUGGUGGCCAUCUUGGGUAAGGGGGACGUGUUUGGGGAUGUGUUCUGGAAGGAGGUGACCCUAGCCCAGGCGUGUGCCAACGUGCGUGCCCUGACCUACUGUGACCUCCACGUCAUCAAACGAGACGCCCUGCAGAAGGUUCUGGAGUUCUACACGGCCUUCUCUAACCACUUCUCACGGAACCUGCUGCUCACCUACAACCUGCGGAAGAGGAUUGUGUUCAGAAAGAUCAGCGAUGUGAAACGAGAGGAGGAGGAGCGCCUGAGACGAAAGAAUGAGGCGCCCCUCAACCUCCCGCCGGACCAUCCGGUCCGUCGGCUCUUCCAGCGGUUCCGGCAGCAGAAGGAGGCCCGUGUACAUCAGGAGCGGGCUGACCCAUCCGAUGACCUGGAGAGAGGCCAGACCGUUUAUGUUGAGCCCAUUCCCAUCCAUGAAAUCAUCACCACCACCAGCAUUGUCACCGUCACCGAAAGUCCAGCCACGCCCAUUCCUUCAAUCUCCAUCUUGGCGUCCACAACCUCCGGCCCCUCAGAAAAAGCCCAGCUCCAGGCUCAGUCUCUCCAAUUGUCCGAGCCAGCCAAGGUCAAAGGCUGGGGUCGCUUCAAGGAGUCCAACUGGAACAAGGUGUCCAAAGCCGAGUCCAUGGAGACGCUACCCGAACGGACCAAGACAGGGGCAGCCCACGAGUCCCAGACCUCGCUCAAGAAAACCGGCUCGUGCGACAGCGGCAUUACCAAGAGUGAUCUGCGCCUGGACAACGUGGGGGACGGCGCCCGAACCACGGGCAACACGCCACAGGACCGCAGCCCUGUGGUACCCCCUGAGGUGGCCAAGCAGCAUGCCUUCUACCCUAUCCCAGAGCAGACUCUCCAUGCUUCCCUCCUGGAGCUCAAGCUGGAGCUCAAAGAAGACUUGAAGGCCUUGAACACCCGCAUGGCCGGCCUGGAGACUCAGCUAGCAGAGGCUCUGAAGCUCCUCAAAGCUCAAAGGAGAGCUCCCAGCUCCCCCAAGCCUCUCUUUGAGAUCUCCAGACCCACCUCACCAGACUCGGACAAGGAGGACAUAUUUUCGUAGAAGCAGAGGGGCUUAUGUUGAGUGUGUGAAGAUGGUUAACAGAUUCAGAAAAUCUUUAUUGUCCCAAUGCUGGGCAAUUUGGUCAUAGGGUCAGAGAUGUUGCAAGUUGUUGGCGUGUCUCAGCUGAGGCCAUUACUUAGCCCUCACCUUGGUGAUGCCUGUGAAAAGCAGGAGAUGAUGAUGCUACGAUGCUGUUAAUUUUAAGAGAACCUGGUGGUUUUACCCCUGUGGACCAUGGAACCUUGGAGUUGAGCCUAUUGGUCACUUUGAAGAUUCUGGGGUGAGUGCGGUGAAAGGGUUUCAAGGCACAGUGCAGUGACCUUAAGACCACCAUGGGUUUGGCUACCCUCUGUGACCUACAGACACAGGUUCACACCUAUACUCCUGUACGCUUGUGUUGUGCUAGUCUGCUCGUGUACAUCGGCUAUAUAUUUUGGGAGAGACUAUUUUUUUUACCAGUCUAUGGAGUAAGAGCAGAGCAGCAAUGAAUGUUGUAUUGUUCACCUUCAUUAUCCUUGUAGAUCUCCAGUGGGAUCACUAUCUAUCAGUGGUUCUCAGAUUAUCUAUAAGGGGUGAAUACAUAUUUUACUUUCUUUGUGCCACCAGUGUACAAUAGAUUCUGUAUGUAUUCAAAAUGUCAUUCUAUCACCCUGUAAUACUUUACAAGACUUUCUGUAUACACUAUAUAUAUAUAUAUAACUGUAUGUGGACACCCUUUCAAAUUAGUGGAUUCGGCUAUUUCAGCCACACCCGUUGUUAACAAGUGUAUAAAAUUGAGCACACAGCCAUGCAAUCUCCCGAGACAAACACUGGCAGUAGAAUGGUCUUACUGAAGAGCUCAGUAACUUUCAACGUGGCACUGUCAUAGCAUGCCACUUUUCAAACAAGUCAGUUAAUCAAAUUUCUGCCCUGCCCUGGUCAACGGUAAGGGCUGUUUUUCAUGGUUUGAGCUAGGCUCCUUAGUUCCAGUGAAGGGAAAUCUUAACUCUACAGCAUACGAUGACAUUCUAGAUGAUUCUGUGCUUUCAACUUUGUGGCAAUAGUUUGAGGAAGGCCCUUUCCUGUUUCAACAUGACAAUGCCCCCGUGCACAAUGCGAGGUCCAUACAGAAACGGAUGCCGAGAUCAGUGUGGAAGAACUCGACUGGCCUGCACAGAGCCCUGACAUCAACCCCGUCAAACACCUUUGGGAUGAAAUGGAACGCUGACUGCGAGCCAGUCCUAAUCGCCCAACAUCAGUGCCCAACCUCACUAAUGCUCUUGUGCCUGAAUGGAAGCAAGUCCCUGCAGCAAUGUUCCAACAUCUUGUAGAAAGCCUUCCCAGAAGAGUGGAGGCUGUUAUAGCAGCGAAGGGGGAACCAACUCCAUAUUAAUGCCCAUGAUUUUGGAAUGUGAUGUUCUGCGAGCAGGUGUCCACAUAGUUCUCUAUUCAAUAUGAUAUCCAUAGCCAAGUAACCAACAACCAAACACCUUUUGUUGACUGCUUGGUCAGUGUUCUUGGCCGAUGGUUCCAGUGCUGGGAAUGUCUCUGAACUGUUUCAGUUGCACUAACAACACUCCACCUCGCCAUGUUGAGCUGUUUGCAUGUGGAGGAGGUUGCUUUAUUUAGCUGAUUCUUCGUUUUUUUUGUUCAUCUAACCAAUGGCAUUUGUAACUGUGUCUUCCUACAAAAAAAAGACUUCACUGCAAAGCAUGUCUUGCUGCAUGACUCGCAUUGUUAAACAUACAUUAAUUUCAGUACUGUUUGGCCCUGCAGCUUGCCGUAGGCUAGCUUACUGUAUAGUACUGUUUGGCCCUGCAGCUUGCCGUAGGCUAGCUUACUGUAUAGUACUGUUUGGCCCUGCAGCUUGCCGUAGGCUAGCUUACUGUAUAGUACUGUUUGGCCCUGCAGCUUGCCGUAGGCUAGCUUACUGUAUAGUACUGUGAACUCCAUUGCUGAAUAUCAAAGGCAGACAUAACUUUGAGGCCUGUGAAUUAGUAACCAAUGUAAAUGUUUUAAAUAGAUACACAGGACAUGAUACACGGGACAUGCACAGAUACACAGGACAUGUAGAUGACCUUCUGUCACUAAUUGGAAACUAGCAGUGCCAAAGUUCUCAACCACUGUGUUCACAUCUUCAGUGAGUUUAACAUAACUAAUCACAUCCUAGCAGUGUCAUCUUAAUAUACAGUAUGAUGAUGAUCUUGCUGUUAACUGCUGCCAGAGUUCCACCUGUGACUAUAUGGGACUAACUGGCAUUCGUGCCCAGUCUCUUGCAUGCAACAAGACAGUGUUAGCCUGUAUUCAAGCCUCUGCAUUAGUUUGGGUAGCUACCGUGAGUCUUCAGGUCUCUGGCAAGGUUACCAAUCCUGUGAGUGGGGUUCACUAAACCAGCUUCAGUACAUUUAUAUGUAGUUCAUUAUCAGUCUUAAGGGAGGUCUCCACGGUUCAGUGUUCCCAUUGGGCUACCUAACGCUACAUAAUGGCUGCAUUGGGGUACAUAAUGGCUGCAUUGUGCUACAAAUUCCGCAGAUGGCUACAAACAUAGACAGCCGCAACACUGCACUCAAUUAAUUAUGUAGUAAAAGAGCAAAAAAUCAUAUCUCUGCUGUAACUGCCUGCAAUUACAAUGCGUGAACAAAAUCCAACCCAUAUCGUGAUGGUAUUACAUUAGGCUACAUUUUGAUGAUUUGUUCAUGCUGGAAUCUGAAGGAAACUACGACUUAUGAAUGUUACCAUGUUUAUCUUUCACCAUAUACACAACAUGGAAUGUGGAGGGUCUCCACUUACAGACAAUAUUAGCAAUAAUUAUGAAUAGUAUAAUUACGAUCCUGGACAGAUAUUAAUUGUAGUCAACAGAAGCACACUACGUAAAGCCAAUAUGUAUAGUGCUUUAUGACUUGUCAUAUGCAUAUAUGACCCUUCAAAAUGUGUUGUUAUAGGCUAUGUUAUGCAUUUAUAUGAAGCAUUUCUUUCUGAAAAUAGCUGUUAUGUAUUAAGGAUCACUAUGAGAUAAGACAUUGCAAGGAUCAUAUGCAUAUUGCAAGUCUUAUAAUGCAUUAUAACAACAUCAUGCAUUAUCCGUGUUGGCGUUAAGUAAAGUGGUACCCUGUAACCUAUACAGUUAUGAUUGUUUACUGCUGACCCAAAUGACCCCUAUUGGUGUCAAUGUGUUACUAUUUUCUAGUAAAUUUGGAAACAAAUGCACACACUUUACUUAAACAUACCUUAACUUUGGCCUAGAUUCACGGUCUCCAUGAUACAGAGAAGUGAACAUGAAGAGAGGAUAGCUUGUUUAUUUUUGAACACAUUUAGCUUGACAUACGGUAUAGUAAUGUUUAAUGGGCCAAUGCCUGAGUAAGGGGGUGUUGUUUGAACGAGAAACAUGAGGCUGUACUCUAUGCAUUAUAAUGCUCAAAUGUUUCUAAAUAUUAUAGCAUGCUUUUGUUAAGUGUCCCAAUAUGGCCACCAUGGGCAACUACAACAAUGAUGUCAUUUGGUUGGUGCAUAUUGAUGUAAUGUAACUUUAUUCUUCAAUAUGUUUCCAUCUGAAAUGACAUCAUCAAAUGUACAUCAAUAAUGCAUUUAUCACACUUAUAUGGAAACUUGAGGUACAUUCAUAUGCCAGCUGCUUGAUGCAUGUGUGCAAUAUGUGAUGCUAAACUUUUAGAACUAUUUAUUCUUGGCUUAGUGUGUUCGCCUGCAUUAAUGGGUGAUCCCUAUGUGUUGGGUUUUAUUACUGUGAUGACAUCACAGAGGGGAAGGGUUGUUUAGAACUUCAAUUGAUAGAGAGCUCUGAUGGAUAGCAUCACGAUUCGAUUGUGGGUAAUCUGGGUCUCUCAAAGUUUUCUCCUAGGUCCCCCCCCCUUAUCUACAUUGAUUGGAAAGACAGUUAAAACCUUAUGGUGGACGCUGGUCAUUAGGCUAGCUUUAACCUGGUCACUUCUUUCCGAUCAGUGUAAUAAACUAGAGGAAGCUAUGAGAGAACUGACAUUUUAGACAAUUGAGAAAGAACCUACCAGCUAUUCAGUUAGUCCUUGUCUGCGUCCUUGUCUGCGUCCCAAAUCGCACCCUAUUUUCUAUAUAGGACACUACUUUUGAACACGUCACCUGGUCAAAAUAAGUCCACUAUAUAGGGAAUAGGGUGUGAUUUGGGAUGCAAACUUCCAUGCAUGAGCCUGGUCAGUAAAACCUGAUCAUCACCAACACCUUGUUUAACGGCCCAGACUCCCUGAGCACCAAAAAACCCUUAAACUUGAUUCUUUGUUGCACUCCUUAAAACAUGUGAGCAUGAUUACUUCAGACCAGUUUAAACAACAUUAAACUAUUUUUGUGGUCAGUUCAGGGUUGCUGCCUUGUGGCACUAUGUAUGUACAUACUACUUUGAAAUGUCAUAGAGAGAGAGAGAGAGAGAGAGAUAAUAUUGGUUACACUUUACUUUAAGGGUACCAACAGUAUAUAAGGACUUUAACACAUUCAUAAUGAAACUAUUUUUUGACCUACUGUAGUUGUCAUAAGCAGUUAGUAAAGGUACUGUAUAUGUGCUGUAUAUGGGUUAUGCAUAUGUUAUGAAGUGCUUAUGUAGAUACCCUUCAAGUAAAGUGUUACUAAAAGAUCAAACAUUAAUAUAAAUAUAUCAUGAGGACAGUAAUGUCACGAUACUCAUACGUUCCCUGUAAUGAUACUGUACAUGUAAUUAUUGUAAGCACAAAUGAGAGUAUUUGUAAUGAUAUGUAAAAUACUAUUUAUAAUAAA